GACACAUCAUCCCACCCGUUCGUGUCCAAGGGCCGCAGGUGUUGCUGUCACAUGAGCCACUUCGCACAACGAGCGAUGCUGCUGGCCCAGAACACCGCCAAGCAGGCUGCCAAUCUCGCGGCAAAUCCGUCCCCUUCCAUCGCGGCGCCGUCGGACGAUGCUGACGAGUUCAAGUGGAUUGGUCUGGCAAUCGUCGUCGGGUCGGCAAUCCUGUCCAACCUUGGCGUGAACGUCCAGAAGCUGUCCCACGUCAAGGAAGAGAAGCGAUCGUUGUUUCUCCGUCGACCGUACUACGUCCGUCCUCUGUGGAUCAUCGGCAUGACGUUCGUCGUUCUUGGGUCGAUCGGCGACUUUGAGGCCCUCGCAUUCGCGCCGCAAGCGCUCGUCGCGUCCGUCGGCGGCGGCUGCACGGUGCUAGCCAACAUGGGUUUCGCGCACCUGUGGCUUGGCCAGCGUCUCACAUGGUACGACGUCUUUGGAACGUUCUUCAUCCUCGUGGGCGUCGUGCUGAGUACCCUCGCCAACACCCCCGACGCGCAACUCGACCUGAACGAGCUCGAGCUUCAUUUCCGCCACCUCGAGUUCCUCGUCUACUUCUCCGUGAUGUGCUUGAUUUUGUUCAUCCUUUUUGGCGAAAUCCGGUCCAUCGCUCGGCAUUCUCGGCCGACCCACGACCAUUUGCAUCGCCGGUUGGCGUACUUGUAUGCGACAGCGUCUGGGAUCUUUGGGUCGUUUUCGGUCUUAUUGGCCAAAUGCACGUCCAUGUUGUUGCUGUUAACGUUUCAAGGCGACAACCAGUUUGUAUACCCCAUCACAUACCUCUUUGUGGGUGGCAUGGUGGCGACGUUGGUGCUGCAGACAGACUUGCUGAAUCGAGCUAUUAUGUCUGGGGACACACUGUCGGUAUUUCCUGUGUUUCAGUGCUUUUGGAUUGGGUCGAGCGUCGUGGGCGGCGUCGUGUUUUACCAAAAGUUUAACACAUUUACCUUGUUUGAAUGGAUUUCGCUCCCGGUUGCGUUGGCGUCAAUCAUUCUCGGCAUUUACUUGCUCACGCAAGUGGGCAACGACGAUGUUGCGUACACUGCGUCUGUGGCAGCCACUGGAAGGUUUGGCUCCCUCAUGCCGCUGAGUCCCCCGCCGUUGUCGUCGGCGUUGCGCACGCCCAUAUUUAGACACGGGUCGUUUCGCAGCAACGACUCGUACGGGUCUGUCAAAGCGAAAGAAACGACCUCGGCCAAGGCACCCCCCGCAGAAGUAUAA